AUGGCGGUUGACUCAGCUCUGGCAGGACUCCCGGCAGAAAUCAACUGUCCCAUCUGCCUGGAUGGCCUGUGAGACCCUGUCACCAUCGAAUGUGGGCACAGCUUCUGUCGCUCCUGCACCCAGCAGUCCUGGGCUGAUCUGCAGGACAGGUUCCCUUGCCCUGUGUGCCGUCACCCAUGCCAAGAGAGGUGCUUGAGGGGCAACACCCAGCUGGGAAGGAUGGUUGACAUGGCCAAGCUCCUCCAGAUCACCAGGGGCAAGAAGCAGCAGCAGGAAGAGAGGCGCUUGUGUGAGAAGCACAACCAGGUCCUGACCCUCUUCUGUGAGGAGGACCGAGAGCUGUUGUGUCCCCUGUGCACUCAGCCCCCUGACCACCAGGGCCACCAGAUGAGGCCCAUGGAGGAGGCUGCCUCUCAUCACAGGCAAAGGCUCAGCAGUUACAUUGAGCCCCUGAAGAAGCAGGUGGCAGACGCUCAGAAAUCAAUAAGCAUUCAAAGCAAAAAACCCUUAGAACUGAGAGAGAAGAUGGAAACCCAAAGGCUGGAAUUACUCUCUGAAUUUGAGCACCUGAGGCAGUUUUUAGAACGUGAUCAAGAAGCAGUUCUUUCAAGAUUAGCUGAUGAAGAAAAGGCGAUUGAAAAGAAACUCAGCGCUAAUAUAACCGAAUUUUCAAAGUACAAUUCCACACUCAAAGGCCUGCUAAAUCAGGUAGUAGAGUGCACGGUGCUGACGGAUGUGGAAUUGCUGUUACAAAUCAAAAGUUUCUACAAGCACUCUGAGGGGUUCAGCCCAUCAAUGUUUUCAGUCCAGUUACGGAGGGAAGGCUGCAGUUUUCCUUUCCAGUAUUCUGCUUUGCAGAAAAUUACAAAGACAUUUAGAGUAGAUAUCAUUCUAGACCAGGGUUUGCCCACGGCUGUUCUAGACCCUGAAACAACACACCCUACCCUGACUGUCUCUGAGGAUAAAAAGUGUGUGUGAUAUACAAAGAGAAUGCAAGACGUUCCUGAUUUUCCAAAAAGAUUUACAGUCAACACAGUUGUCCUGGGGUUUCCAUACUUUCAUUCCGGCAGGCAUUUCUGGGAGGUAGACGUGGGAGACAAGCCCAAAUGGGAGAUCGGGGUUUGCAAAGAUUCUGUCACCAGGUGGAGGAGCCCGUCGGCCUGUCGGGGAUGCUGGCGGAUUAGGCGGCAGGGGAAUAGCUAUGCUGCCCCCGGAGCUGGCACCAUCCCUCUCUUGUCUGAAGUGAAGCCCAGAGGCAUCGGCAUUUUCCUGGACUAUGCGAUGGGGGAGAUCUCAUUUUAUAACAUGACUGACAAAUCGCACAUCUAUACUUUCACUGACACUAAUCGACCUCUUAGGCCUUAUUUCUAUGUAGGGCCUGACUCAAAACCUCUUAGGAUCUCUAUAGGAACAGACUGA